AUGUCCUUACCUAAGAGAAUCAUUAAGGAAACCGAACGCUUACUGCAAGAACCUGCACCAGGAAUUAGCGCUACACCUCACGAAGAAAAUCUUCGUUAUUUUGAUGUCAUUAUCGCCGGGCCGAGUCAAUCCCCUUUUGAAGGUGGCGUUUUUAAGCUAGAAUUAUUCCUCCCUGAAGAAUACCCGAUGACACCACCCAAGGUUCGCUUUUUGACCAAGAUAUAUCAUCCCAAUAUCGAUAAGCUUGGUAGAAUUUGUUUAGAUAUUCUGAAAGACAAAUGGUCACCAGCCCUCCAGAUUCGUACUGUACUCCUUUCCAUACAAGCUCUUUUGUCAGCACCCAAUCCAGAAGAUCCACUCGCGAAUGAUGUAGCACAACACUGGAAGGAGAAUGAAAAAGCUGCUAUCGCAACAGCUCGAGAAUGGACUCAAAAUUUCGCUCAGGGUUGA